UCACGACCUUCUUUUUUGGAAUGGUUAGGAUACAUGCUAUUAAUUAAACUUUUUUCUCCUCCAAAAAGUUUAUCUCGAUUAAUUUCAUCUGAAAUUUUAUCGAUCAAUUUUUUUAAUGGCAAUAAACCUAAUACCUUUUCUUUUCUGGUUGGAAAAGAUUAUUUCAAGCAGGAUAUAUCUCUUAACAAUCAAAAUGAUGAUCAAGAUAUUCAUUUAAUUCAUCCAGAACCUGUUCAUUUAAAGGAUUCUUCUCAAUAUUGCUCGUUAGAUUUAUCAUCGCAUUAUUUAAAUCUGUCGACUUCAUCUGAUCUUUUGAUAGUUGGUGAUGAUGAAGGACGAAUUGAUGUUGUUAAUGAUGAACCAACAAAAAGAAGAUCAGGGGAACUUGCCAAAAUAUUUAGAUCAGAUAUCGAUUUACCUCAGGAAACUGAAUUGUUAUUGAAAUGGUUAUAA